AUGCGCCUCGUUCCUCCCGACGGCUGCGUCUACGCGCAUGCGCCGGCCGUCCCAGAGGCCCUGACUGCGCAUGCUCGGUGCCAGCUCCCCCUUAAAGGGCCAGCGCCGCUAUUUCCUUCCCAGGGCGGGGGCGCAGCCAUGUGGCUCCCCCUGCUGGGGCUGCUGCUGCUCGGGGCGCCGGGGCGGGGGGCGGGGCAGGAGGCGCAGGAGGGGGACGAGAGGCGGCCCACCCCCUGCGAAGUCUGCAAGUACCUGAGCCUGGAGUUGCAGGAGACCCUGGCGCAGAGCGGCCGCUCCAAGGAGGUGCUGGAGCUGGGGCAGGUGCUGGACUCGGGCAAGCGGAAGAGACGCAUCCAGUACAACACCUCGGAAACCCGACUGGCCGAGGCCCUAGAAACCGUGUGUGAGCGGUUCCUGCAUUACAACGUCCAUGCCGAGCGCCCAGGCAGCCUGCGGUAUGCCAAGGGUCAGAGCCAGACGAUGAAUACCCUGAAGAACCUGGUGAACAAGGGGGUGAAGGUGGAUCUGGGGAUCCCCCUGGAGCUCUGGGAUGAGCCAUCCGUGGAGGUGACACAGCUGAAGCAGCAGUGCGAGACGAUGCUAGAGGAAUUCGAGGCCGUGCUGGAGGACUGGUACUUCCACCACCAGGAGACGGCACUGGGAGCCUUCCUGUGCGAAGGGCACGUGCUGGCGGCUGGAGAGAGAGGGUGUCUGAGCGAGGUCUGGACAGGGAGGAAGGGUGACGAGGGAGCCCAGGAAGAGGAGGAGGAAGAGAUGAUGAAACAACCCAGCCCCCUCGCCAGGCAUGCAGAUCGUGACCCAGGGGAGCUCUGAGCAGGGGGGAGGGGGCGGGCGGGUUUGGCACAUUCAGGGGGAGGGACUUUGACACCCCUGCUUGCCUUCUCCCCCCAGGGCCUGCAGGUCCCUGCUGGGGACUUGGGAAAGGUAUGGAUCUGCCUUUUCGGUGCCUUAUGCACAGCGGCCUGGGGGGAUGUGGAAUUCCCCCCCCACACUGCCCCCGUUGUCAUUCUGUCUAUGUCUCUGUCUGUCCAUCUCUGGUUUUUAUACAGAAAUCGCCGGCCACA